AUGCGGAUUUUUAUUAAUAAUGUGAACACUUUUUCGGGCGCAGCGCUCGCGCGAGCGCUGCGGCGGAGCGACGGAGUUUUGAAUCGGCUUUUCGGGACGGCGAAGGGCGUGGAGGAGGGGCCGUGGGGUGUACGUACACCCGAAGCCGCAGCAGUGCCCGCAUGCAUUCGCCGCCUCGUCUCGAAGCGCAACCCGCAGCAGCUGCUGCAGAACUUGUUGACCUGCAGCGUGGCAGUCUUUGACUUGCACAACUCCGAUCCGGAAGAAGUUGAACUUAUUUUGAAGAAGUUGAAAGCUGCGCAGCUGCAGCAGCAGCUCACAGUGGUGCUUAUCUCUUCGCUGCUGACCUGGGGCGACACGCGCCCGCUGCGGCCGCUGGACGCUGCGCAGCAGGCAGCAGCAGCAGCAGCAGAAGCUGCUGCUGCUGCUGCUGCUGCUGCUGACGACGCAGACGCAGACCCGGAAGCAGCAGAAGCAGACGCAGACAGCAGCAGCGAAGCCUCUGCUGCAGAGCCGCCCCCAGAAGCCGCCUCCCCCGAGGAAGAACCCAGCAGCAGCAGCAGCAGCAGCAGCAGCAGCAGCAGCAGCAGCAGCAGCAGCGACGCCGAAAAAACCAGCAGCAGCAGCAGCAGCAGCAGCAGCAGCAAGGAGCGCAGCAGGUUCUCGGGGGCGCACUACGAGCUGCGGGCAGCGCCCAAGGCCUUCGAGAAGUGGAAAAUGGGGAGGGCAGCAACUUGGUGCCGUGCGUGCACGUGGAAGACCUGUGCAGCCUGGUGCGGGCCGUGGCGCUGGAGCCCGAGGGUGGGGUUGGUGUUUAUUACCACAUUUGUGUGGACUCGAGUUUGGCAGCGGGAGAUCCUGGAGGCGAUCGUGGGGGAGCUGGGAUCGCCUCUGGGAUCGCCUCCGGGAUCGAUCCCGGGAUCGAUCCCGCAGGUCUCCCAAGAGGAGGCAGCCUUGGCUGCAGUCCCAGAACUCUUCAAAUAUGACUUGGCUUUCGAAAUGUCCCCCCUAAUGUCUGCUGCUGCUGGCUUUCCGUGGCAUGCAAAGGCGGGGCUGGUGAAGUCCAUCAAGCUGGUGGCUGCGGAGUUCUGCCAGUCCAGGGACCUCAGGCAGCUCAAAAUCCUCAUCACGGGGCCCCCGGGCAGCGGCAAGAGCACCAUCAGCGAGCGGCUGGCGUCUUACUACAACAUACCUCUUAUAAAGACAGCUGAGGUGGUGGAAGCAGCUCGAGCAGCAGAACUUGACUCUGCUGCUGCUGCUGCAGCAGCAGGCCCAGCAGCAGCAGCGGGGGGGGCCGCAGCAGCAGCAGCGGGAACGGCCGCAGCAGCAGCAGCGGGAACAGCCGCAGCAGCAGCAGCAGCAGCUGAGGAGCCCAAGAAGAAGGGCAAGAAAGCAGCAGCAAAGAAAAACAGAUUCGACUCGGAAACCCUCAGCAGCUUUUUCGUAAACAAGUUGGAACAAAACGCAUGCAGAUACAGAGGCUUUGUGUUGGACGGCUACCCCCGCAGCUACGCAGAAUGCAUGUCUCUGUUCCUGCAUCCCAAGCGAGAAGCAGGCCCGGAAGCAGACAGCAGCAGCAGCAGCAGCAGCAGCAGCAGCAGCAGCAGCAGCAGCGGCAGCAGCAGCGGCGGCGGCGGCCAGGAGCCCGGGGGGCCCGCAGGCGCAGCAGCAGCGGGAGCAGCAGCAGCAGCAGCAGCAGCAGCAGGAGAGCAGCAGCUUGCUGCUGGCGCAGACCCGCGGCUGACCCCGGACUUCGUCGUGCUGCUUGCUGCUGCAGCAGACACGCUGGAGCAGCGGCUGAUGCUGCUGCCUCCUGCUGCUGUUGCUGCUGCUCAUAAUGACAGAGAUGGAUUCAAAAGACGCAUGCAGAUUUACACGCAACUCAACGAGUCCACAGAAGGCAGGCCCAAACUCGUCGACUUCUUCCAAGAAAGAGGCGUGGAAGUGCUGACGCUGCCCACGGACGGGCGGAGUGUGGAGGAGCUGUUGAGUUCAAUUGUGAUUUACAUUUCUCGAUUUGGAGAAAUAAAAAACUUUUUAUUAACUCCGGACUCUUUGCUGCAGCAGCAGGAGCUGCUGCUGCAGCAGCGGGAGGCGGAGCAGCGGCAGCGGGAGGCGGAGCAGCAGCAGCAGCAGCAGCAGCAGGCCGCCCGCCAGCUGCAGCAGCAGCGCGAGCGAGACCUGCAGCGCAUGCGCAGAAUUGCUGAACAUGAGCAGCAGCUGCUGCUGCUGCGCUCUGUGCCUCUUAGAAAGUAUUUGCUGCAGCACGUGGCUCCAGCACUAUCUGAGGGUUUGCUGGAGGUUUCGAGGGUUUUGCCGGAGGACCCCGUGAGCUACUUGGCCCAGUUUCUCUUCGCCAGGGCCAAGCGCCUCGAAUGA